ACACAGUUUCGCUGGAGCUGUUAACUUCAGGAGCUCUCUGUCUCUGCUGGUACCUGCUUACAUUUACUUGACUUUCUGUUUUUUUUAGCUGUUGAUCUCAACACAUUUGAGAGAAGUUAACAUAUUAUUGCUGAGCUACAUCAUCUGUGGAUUUUUUAAUUUUGCUAUCAUAUCUGCUGGAUAUAUUGUCUCAAUCUCCUGGCAAGAAAAUGUCCCAUCCCAGCACUCUGGAUUUAGACAGAUACAGCAGCUUGGAUAAAUCCCGUCGGUCCAACAGUCGUAGUCAGCCGAGGGUCCAGGCCAAUUAUGGGGACCCACUAUGCGACUUCUGCACAACCAGGAAGCAGAAGGCCGAGAAAUCCUGCCUGGUGUGCCUGGCGUCCUACUGCGAGACCCACCUCCAGUCUCACUAUGAAUACCCUGCUCUGAUGAAGCACAAGCUGGUCAAGGCCACAGGUCAGAUGAGAGAGAAGAUGUGCGCGCAGCAUGACAAGCUGCUGGAGGCUUUUUGUCGCACCGAUGAGACGUCAGUGUGCGUUUUGUGCAUGAUGGACGAACACAAGCACCACGACAUCGUCCCGGCUGGAACUGAGAGGACUGAGAAACAAAAACAACUUGGUGUCACACUGCACAGAUCUCAACACAGGAUUGACCAGAGAAUCAAAAAGUGGCAGGAUCUGCGACAAGCUGUUGAAGCAGUUAAACACUCGGCUCAGACGGCCCUGGAUGAGAACGAGCGGAUCUUCACUGAACUUCUUCGUUCCAUAGAGAGGAAGUACAAUGAAGUCAAGGAGAUGAUCCGCGCCCAUGAAAAGAGCACCGUGACUGGGGGGGAGAUACUGUUAGACCGCCUGGAGGAGGAGAUCACUCUGCUGAAGAAGAGACACAACGACCUGGAUAAGCUCUCACACACAGAUGAUCACAUACACUUCCUGCAGAGCUGGCAGUCUCUGUCAGGACCCUCAGGAUAUGAGGACCUCAACAACGUCAGCGUUGCUCCAUUUUACUCCUUUGAGUCCACCAAGAGAGCCAUUGGUGCAAUGAGAUUACAAAUAGAAGAAGUCAGCAAGACAGAACUGAGCAAAAUCUCAGGAGCAGUGAAGGAAGUGUAUAUCACACAAGACACUGAGCCAAAGACGAGAGAAGAUUUCUUGAAAUACUCUUCCCAGCUGAUUCUGGAUGUGAACAGUGUCCACCCCAACCUUCACCUCUCUGAGGGCAACAGAACAGCCACCAUGAAGGAAGAAGCUAAGAACUAUCCAGACCACCCAGACCGAUUUGAUCACUGGCAGCAGGUGUUGUGCAGGGACAGUGUGGCUGGGACUCGCUGUUACUGGGAGGUGGACUGGAAGGGAACAGAGAUAGAUGUGGCCGUCACCUACAGGGGAAUCCGCCGUAAAGGGAACGGCAACGACUGCAGCCUGGGCUGGAACGACAGGUCCUGGAGUUUGUAUUGCUCUGACUCCAAAUUCUCCUUUGUGCACAACAACAAAAGCAAAGACAUCCCAGCUCCCACGUCUUCACGUAUCGGCGUCUACCUGGAUCAUGCAGCAGGGACGCUUGCAUUUUACAGUAUCUUUGAAAACAUGCGUCUUCUGCACAGAGUCCAGACAACGUUCAGAGAGCCCCUCUUCCCUGCAUUCAGUGUGUGGGGCUUUGGUACCACUAUCAGAUUGUAGAAGAGGUGCCACAGCACAGCAAAUUGCUCCAGACAACAUUCUCUGUGAAAUCUGAAACAGUCUGAUUAUUUCUGAUUUAUUUCAUCUUUUGCCCCAAGUUGUUUUUCCUCGCUUGUGAAUUGUUGUAUGAUUGUUUUGAUCACUGUUGUUUUGGGGGAAUCAAGAUAUAUUUAAUUUGUCAGUAAGGAAGAUAUGAAAUAUUAAUUAUAAUGUAAUUUUCUUGCUAUUUCGCUUUUUAAUUUUUUUUUAUUAUUAUGCUCAAGCAUCUUAUAUGUAAAUAAACUGAUAUGUUGUAGAUGCUGUCUGUAAAUAAAAUCUUAAUUUCUAAAACUCCAAUACUGUUACUAG